GCUUGUGUCAGUGCGGAGUCACACGCGGUGCAUGCGCUUGCCUGGCAUUACUGGGUACCGACGCUCAUGAGUGGGAGCUUUUACACAAAUUGAUGAUUACCCCCUGUAUGCUUAUCGCAUGGAUUGAGAGCCACGAUCCUGAUGUGAAAGAGGGGACGAUCCAGAACAGAGUCGCCUUUUCCAAUCCGAACACGCAUACAACUCCUGACAUUAUCCAUUUCAAGUGUCACCGAAAAACUGUAAGAAGACUUGAGCCAUGCCCUGCGUUCAGGCUCAGUAUGGAUCAUCGCCUCAAGGAGCCAGUCCUGCCUCCCAGAGCUAUAGCUGCCACACCGCCGGAGAAUACAGCUGCGACUUCUUAACACCCGAGUUUGUUAAGUUUAGCAUGGACUUGACCAACACUGAGAUCACAGCCACCACUUCUCUCCCGAGUUUCAGCACUUUCAUGGACAACUACAAUACCGGUUACGACGUGAAACCGCCCUGUCUGUAUCAGAUGCCCCACUCUGGAGACCAGUCCUCCAUCAAAGUGGAGGACGUCCAGAUGCACAGCUACCAUCAGCAGAGCCACCUGCCACCUCAGUCAGAAGAAAUGAUGGCUCACUCUGGGCCUAUGUACUUCAAAACAUCCUCGCCUCAUGCUCCAAGUACGCCAAACUUCCAAGUUCAGCCUAAUCACAUGUGGGAGGAUCCUGGCUCCCUGCACAGUUUCCACCAGAACUAUGUUGCGGCCACGUCUCACAUGAUGGACCAGCGCAAGAAUCCGGUGUCGAGGCUGUCGCUCUUCUCCUUCAAGCAGUCGCCGCCCGGCACUCCAGUCUCCAGCUGUCAGAUGCGCUUUGACGGGCCGCUGCACGUCUCCAUGAACCAUGACAACCCGGGCGCGCACCGCGGCCUGGACGGUCAGAGCUUUGCUGUGCCCAGCGCCAUCAGGAAACAGGCGGGUCUGUCCUUCCCUCACUCCCUGCAGCUCGGACACGGGCACCAGCUGGUGGACAGCCAAGUGCCAUCGCCCCCGUCCCGAGGAUCUCCGUCAAACGAGGGUCUGUGUGCGGUGUGUGGGGACAACGCAGCGUGCCAGCAUUAUGGAGUGAGAACCUGCGAAGGCUGCAAAGGAUUUUUCAAGCGCACCGUCCAGAAAAAUGCAAAAUACGUGUGUUUAGCAAAUAAAAACUGUCCUGUUGACAAACGCCGAAGAAAUCGUUGCCAGUUCUGCCGUUUCCAGAAGUGCCUUGUCGUCGGAAUGGUGAGAGAAGUUGUCCGAACGGAUAGCCUCAAAGGUCGGAGAGGACGUUUACCAUCCAAACCCAAAAGUCCACAGGAGUCGUCCCCACCCUCGCCGCCAGUGAGCCUCAUAAGCGCACUUGUCAGGGCCCAUGUGGACUCGAACCCCUCCAUGUCUGCGUUGGAUUACUCCAGAUUUCAGGCUAACCCUGACUACCAAAUGACUGGAGACAACACUCAGCACAUCCAGCAGUUCUAUGAUCUCCUGACGGGCUCCAUGGAGAUCAUCCGGGGCUGGGCGGAGAAGAUCCCUGGCUUCUCUGAUUUACCGAAGCAAGAUCAAGAUCUCCUCUUCGAAUCCGCCUUCCUCGAACUGUUCGUGCUGCGGCUGGCGUACAGGUCCAACCCAGUGGAAGGCAAGCUUAUUUUUUGUAAUGGAGUUGUGUUGCACCGGCUACAGUGCGUCCGUGGAUUUGGGGAGUGGGUGGAUUCGAUCGUGGAGUUUUCCUCGAACUUGCAGAGCAUGAACAUUGACAUCUCAGCCUUCUCCUGCAUCGCAGCGCUGGCCAUGGUAACAGAACGACACGGGCUCAAGGAACCCAAGCGAGUGGAGGAUCUUCAAAACAAGAUAGUUAACUGCCUCAAAGAUCAAGUGACAUUCAGUGGCGGUGGAUUGAAUCGUCCCAACUACUUGUCAAAACUUUUGGGAAAGCUCCCUGAACUGCGCACACUAUGUACCCAAGGUCUGCAGCGUAUCUUUUACCUUAAACUAGAAGACCUAGUCCCUCCGCCGGCAAUAAUUGACAAACUUUUCCUCGACACCCUACCUUUCUAAGUCUGACUCCACAGCGAGACCUCAAAGAACUUCCACAACAGACUGUUCGAGUCAGACUUGACUCGAUUUUUCACGCUAUUAUUUCGGCAUAUUUGCAAGCUCCGUAGGCUAAACAGAACAGAGUACACUAUUAUGUUUCAUCAAAAAAAGAUAAAAACAGGAGGAAGAGACAGUGUGUUGUUGCGGUGUUGGCCUUUUUCUUCUCUGAUUUUUCUUUGGGGUUUUGUUUUUCCCCGAGUGCCAAACCAGUGAAUCAACACGGCGAAUUUUUCCUC